UUAAUCAUGAAGUAAGAAUUGUGUUCUGCUCGCGCCUUCCGUUUGUAAUUGUAUCCAAUGCGCAUGCGCGAGAGAAACUCCAUCUAUGAUGGUCAAAUUAAAGCAAGCGAUUAGUAUAAACGCUUGCAACCAGAGUAGAGGUUAUAGUGUGCAUUUACAAUUUCUUUAUUUCUUUCGACAUUUCUGACUAUUUUGAAUCAAUUAAGUAAUAUUUUGUGUUUGUUAUUGGAAUUAUAAAAAGUUCGCCAAAAUGUCGAUCGGAGUACCGAUAAAAGUACUCCACGAAGCGGAAGGCCAUACCAUAACCUGUGAAACGAAUACUGGCGAAGUAUACCGCGGCAAAUUGAUAGAAGCUGAGGAUAAUAUGAACUGUCAGAUGCAAAAUAUCACUGUAACUUAUAGAGACGGCCGUGAGGCGCAGUUAGAGAAUGUUUAUAUUAGAGGCUCAAAAAUUAGAUUUCUCAUUUUACCAGACAUGUUGAAGAACGCACCAAUGUUUAAGAGACCGGGAGGCAAAGGUUCGGGAACUGCAGGCAGAGGGAAAUCAGCUAUUUUACGUGCCCAAGCUCGUGGAAGAGGUAGAGGUCAAAAUCAGAGAGGUAGAGGCACAGGUUCUGCACCUUGGCUAAAUCAACAGAAUCAGCCCGGAGGAUCUCAAGCAGGAAGGGGACGAGGUUAAACUAUAAAAUGAUAAAGGACAUUACAUUAAGAAAAAGAUAAAUAAACCCGAUUUAAGACCAACUUUUUAUAUUGUUCAUAACAAAUGUUUUUUCAAUUUCCACUUGAUUAGAAACAGAGAUAUUUAAAUAAACGAAUGAAGUACUUUUCCAUAAAAAUCUCCAAACCAUGUUCUCAGUCAUUGUAUUUUUAUACAAUAUUUCCCGAAAUAAAGAAACAAAUUGCAAUAAUGUAUACAAUCUUAAGAUCUGUUUAAUAUUAUACUUUUAAUGAUUAUAAGUGUUUAAAUAGAUUCAUUCAUAUUUGUUA